GUGCAAGGCAGUACUGUCUCAUUGGUGUCUACACUAGCUGAGAGGGAGGAGUAGUCAGAGAUAGAGAAGUAGUACAGGCACAGAUAGAGAUCAGCUGAGAAUAAAGACAGACCCUUGCAGCUACAAGGAAGAUGGAGACUGACAACACAACCUCCUCUGAAAGCCAAACAUCUGGAGUGGAAGUGGCAGCGAAAUACAUUAACACACUCUCCCUGGUCUUGUAUUGCUUGAUUUUCAUUAUGGGGACUCUGGGCAACGGUCUGGUCAUCUACGUGACAGGCUUUAGGAUGAAGAGAACAGUCAACUCAGUUUGGUUUCUCAACUUGGCCCUGGCUGACUUCCUCUUCACGGUCUUCCUGGUUUUCACGAUCGUCUCUCACUCUCGGGGGAACCAAUGGGAUUUUGGUACUUUCAUGUGCAAGCUGAACAACUUUGUGAGUUUGGUCAACAUGUUCGCCAGCGUCUUUCUCCUGACAGCCAUAAGUCUGGACCGUUGCUUGUCCAUCUGGGUGGUGGUGUGGGCACACAACAGGCGCACCGUCUUCAAAGCUCAGCUCACCUGUGUUAUUAUCUGGGUGGCUGCUAUGAUCUGCAGCACCCCUAAUGCCAGUUUUCGCUCCAUUUGGCAGAAUAACGGAUCAACCAUGUGCGUUUAUCCUUCAACCAUGACAUAUGAACAGAAGUGGAUUAUCUACACUUUCCGCUGCGUUGUUGGCUUCGUCAUCCCGUUCCUGGUGAUACUCACCUCUUAUGUGGCCAUAGCUGUUCGUGCGAACCGCCUGCAGAGGAACAGGAAACCAAAAUCUCGACGAAUCAUUUACGCCGUCAUUCUCGCAUUCUUCAUCUGCUGGUUGCCUUUCCAUGUUAUAAGUUUUAUAGAAUUAAAGAGUAGCAACGAAGAGCUGUGGAACGUAGUAAGGAUUGGAGCUCCUCUGGCUGGGUGUCUGGCCUUCCUGAACAGCUGCCUGAACCCCAUCCUCUAUGUUUUCAUGUGCGAUGAGUUCCUGAAGAAGCUCAAGCAGUCCAUAUGUUUAGUCCUGGAGAGCGCCCUGGCGGAGGACCACUUGUCCUUUAUGUCCUCUCGUUCCUUGUCUUCACACUUUUCCCGGAUUUCGCGGAAAUCAGACUCAACUGCGCCAACAGAGAGGAAAGGCACAGAUGCCUCCUUGACCUUCACAGAAUGCAAACUGGACACUCUGAGCACUGAAUAAACAGCUCAACACACAAAAGGCAAAAUGCAAAUAAUAAGAAAUGCACACUUUUUCAAAACAAAAACUUGUAACAUGUGGUAUUAUGAUGUUAAUGUAAAUGGAAAAACACCUACCUACCAGCAGGUUUUCACUUGUGGCUGAUAAGAGCGGGUCGUCAAGCUCCUCUAUGACUUUCAUCUAUUUUUACUGGUAUACAUUGGUUGAUAUCACACACAGCAGCUACAUAUCUACUUAGCCUGAAUAUCUGAAAACGCCUGUGUGAGAGUGUGCUGCAGCUUUAAGUUGCAAAGGUGAAGUGCUUGAUGAAACAAUUAAUGUGUAAAUUUAAAGGAAAAUGUUUUAUACUUCAUUGCUUAAAGUGCCCUUUUAUAUGCACGUUUGUAAGAUUUUGGUGUGCCAGGAUAUUUAACCAUAUUUAAUCCUGAUGGCUUUUCCAUAGUGGCAUCAAUUGAACUGUCACAACAGCCUGAAGUGUACAGGAAAUUUGUACCAUUCUUAACUGUGAAUAAACAUGUAUCGCUG